UCCCAGAGUACUUGCCUACUUGUUGCCUCUGUUUUCAUCUAGUUGAGUGAUAGAAAGUAGACAAUUUACCACAUGCUUGGUUAUCAUUCAUAAGAUACUGUAGGGAGGGGAUAAAACAGAUUUUCUGAAGAAGGCAGAAGGUAUCUUCUGAAUAUGGCUUUGGAAGUCACUUAUGCUGAAGUGAAGUUCGAAAAUGAAUCCAAGUCCUCAGGCACCAACUCAGGCUCUCCUGCAGCUCCCAAAGAGAAGACUACCCCUCAUGAAAGUAAUCACAGUUUUCCUAAGCUGCUUUGUACUUCACUGCUGAUAUUUCUCCUGCUAUUGGCAAUCUCAUUCUUUACUGCUUUUAUCAUAUUCUUUCAAAAAUAUUAUCAGCUUCUUGAAGAAAAAAAGACUAUAAAAGAACUGGUUCACACAGAAUUGGAGUGUAAAAAAGAAAAUUUGACCACAGAAGAGAAAGUCUGGAGCUGUUGCCCCAAAAACUGGAAGCCAUUUAGUUCCAACUGCUACUUUAUUUCUACUGAAUCAAGAUCUUGGAACGAGAGUGAGCAGAGCUGCUCUGCAAUGGAGGCUCACCUGCUGGUGAUCAACUCCAAGGAAAAGCAGGAUUUCAUCACCAGUCAGCUGCAAAAAAAAUAUGCUUAUUAUUUGGGGCUGUCAGACCCACAGGGAAAUAGCCAAUGGCAAUGGGUUGAUCAGACGCCAUACAACAAAAAUGUCACAUUCUGGCAUUCAGGUGAGCCCAGUAAUGGUGACGAGCAUUGUGUUAUGAUAAAUGCUCGUUCACAAAGAUGGGGCUGGAAUGAUGUCCGUUGUGAUGGUAAACAAAUGUCGAUUUGUGAGAUGAUGAAGAUCUACUUAUGAAUUGAAUUAUUCUCUGUGGACAUGUGGUUGGAUUGGCAUCCAUCAUUAAAAAGACAGCUAAUGAGCUCUCUUUAUUUAUGUGUAAGGGGGUGCCCAUAGAAGCAUUAGCAGGCUGUUACCUAUUCUACUUAUGAUAGAAAGGUCCACACACUAUUUAUUUAUUCAUUAAUAAAGUGAGCAUUUAUUGAGUGCUUUUCAUGUGCCA